AUGGAACGUCUGUGGCUCGAAGGGGUGAGAGGUUUGGUCACCUCCUGCGACGGCGAUCUCGUCAAGUCUGUUGUCGCAUGGGGAGGAUGUAAGGACGAGCCGCUGAUCUGCGCUGUUCCACUGUAUCACAGCGCUAUCUUGCACUAA